GCUAUUUCCUUUAGUUCUGCGCUGAAUCACAUAAGAAACGUUUCAUGGGUUGUCUUCUUCUGGCUUAUAGCUAAAGGGGAAACUGUAGUUGUUCAGUAAUUUUGCUUCAUUGUGAAAGCAGACAGGUGAGUCCGGGGCAUUUUUCUUUUGAUGUAGUCUGAUAAGACUCUGCUCACAGAGCAAACCUUUAAACACAACAUUAUUCUGUGAACACAUCAGAUUUUUGAACCAAACAUUUCUAUUUUUAUUUUGCAUUUAGAAUGCAGGCGAUACAACAAUGGAUCAAAGAAUCGAAGGGAACGGUCCCGGAUAAUCUUGUGUCUAAUGUGGCUUGUAGCGUCUGCCUUCUGGGCUUGGAGAAGAUUCUGGAGAUGGAGUUUAUCUGUCCCUGCGAUCCUGCAACGAAAGCUUGGUUCGUGUUAGCAAUAUUCAUCGCUCCCGCAAUCAUAACAUUCAUAGUGAUGCUAAAAGUACAAGGACCUAGUUGUAACCAAGGAACGAUGAAGUGUUUUAGUUCAUGUCUCAUCCCUCCCUUGAUGUGGUCGAUCAUACUGUUCUUCGAUGGCAGGUACUUUGCUUGUGUAAUGACAAACUGGAAUGAAACAGCUGUCAUUCUUAAUGAACAGUCUCCUAAGAAAAUGUGUACGCAAGAAGAGACUGAUAACAAUCAGAAUUUCCAUUAUCAGAAACUCAAAUCUCAGAUCAUUGCUAUGGCUAUUAUCUCGGCCGUAGGAGUGAUAGUCUUAGGAUUCCUAUGCAAAGGCUUCAUCGACUCCUGCAGAGGAGCAGAACAAGCAGCAGCAGCAGAAGGAGGAGGGGCAGCAGUAGGAGGAGCAGCAGGAGGAGGAGCAGCUGGAGGAGCAGAACAAGCAGCAGCAGCAGGAGGAGGAGGAGCAGCAGUAGGAGGAGAAGCAGGAGGAGGAGCAGCAGGAGGAGCAGCACCAGGAGCAGCAGCAGGAGGAGCAGCCGCAGGAGGAGCAGCAGCAGGAGCAGCAGCAGGAGGAGCAGCCGCAGGAGGAGCAGCAGCAGGAGCAGCAGCAGGAGGAGUAGCAGCAGGAGGAGCAGCAGCAGGAGGAGCAGCCGCAGGAGGAGCAGCAGGAGGAGUAGCAGCAGGAGGAGCAGCAGGAGGAGCAGCCGCAGGAGGAGGAGCAGGAGGAGGAGCAGCAGAAGCAGGACAGGCAUCAGAAGUUGGAGGAGGCGGACGAGGAGGAGCAGCAGCAGGAGGAGAAACAGCAGAAGCAGGACAAGCAGCAGAAGCAGGACAGGCAUCAGACGCAACAGGAGCAGGAGGAGGAACAUCAGAAGCAUUCGGAGAAACAGGAGGAGGAGCAUCAGAAGCAUUUGGAGAAACAGGAGGAGGAGCAUCAGAAGCAUUUGGAGAAACAGGAGGAGGAGCAUCAGAAGCAUUAGGAGAAACAGGAGGAGGAGCAUCAGAAGCAUUAGGAGAAACAGGAGGAGGAGCAUCAGAAGCAUUUGGAGAAACAGGAGGAGGAGCAUCAGAAGCAUUAGGAGAAACAGGAGGAGGAGCAUCAGAAGCAUUAGGAGAAACAGGAGGAGGAGCAUCAGAAGCAUUAGGAGAAACAGGAGGAGGAGCAUCAGAAGCAUUAGGAGAAACAGGAGGAGGAGCAUCAGAAGCAUUAGGAGAAACAGGAGGAGGAGCAUCAGAAGCAUUAGGAGAAACAGGAGGAGGAGCAUCAGAAGCAUUAGGAGAAACAGGAGGAGGAGCAUCAGAAGCAUUAGGAGAAACAGGAGGAGGAGCAUCAGAAGCAUUAGGAGAAGCAGAUUCUUUGCUUCAGGAGUCUGACAAGUUAAAAAGGAUUCAGGUUAGGCUUUAGUUGUACCAAGGAUCCCUCUUAGCGUCUACCGUAUAAUACAUUUUUAUUUUACCUUUAUUUAACUUAGAAAGUCAGUGAAGAACAAAUUCUUAUUUUCAAUGAUGGCCUAGGAAAAGUGGGUUAACUGCCUGGUUCAGGGGCAGAACGACAGGUCUUUACCUUGUCAGCUCGGGGAUUUGAUCUUGCAACCUUUCAGUUACUAGUUCAACACUCUAACCACUAGGCUACCUGCCGCCCCUCCACUCUAACCACUAGGCUACCUGCCACCCCUCCACUCUAACCACUAGGCUACCUGCCACCCCUCCACUCUAACCACUAGGCUACCUGCCACCCCUCCACUCGAACCACUAGGCUACGUGCCGCCCCUCCACUCUAACCACUAGGCUACGUGCCGCCCCUCCACUCUAACCACUAGGCUACCUGCCACCCCUCCACUCUAACCACUAGGCUACCUGCCACCCCUCCACUCUAACCACUAGGCUACCUGCCACCCCUCCACUCUAACCACUAGGCUACCUGCCACCCCUCCACUCUAACCACUAGGCUACCUGCCACCCCUCCACUCUAACCACUAGGCUACCUGCCACCCCUCCACUCUAACCACUAGACUACCUGCCGUCCCUCCACUCUAACCACUAGGCUACCUGCCACCCCUCCACUCUAACCACUAGGCUACCUGCCACCCAUCCACUCUAACCACUAGGCUACCUGCCACCCCUCCACUCUAACCACUAGGCUACCUGCCACCCCUCCACUCUAACCACUAGGCUACCUGCUGUUGAAGAAGCAGUUGAGACCCAGGCCCAGAAAUUGAGCAAUGGGCAUUAAAUUACUGUAUGAAUAACA